UUUUGUCCUUCGUCAUGUCAGGAUGAGUUGAUGUCAUAAUUUCCAUAAAAUAAAUACUUGGAAACAUCGUAUUCCUGGCAUAGAUUGAUUGUAUGAAGUUGAUGAUCAACAUCAAGUGUAUUUCAUGAUGGCAUCAGGAGAUGUAGAGACGCAGGUGUUAUACGAACAGAGUGGUGUGUUCAUACACACAACUCAAGAUGAAGCUGGUGAUGUUCUGUUCGGAGGAAAGAUCCAGGUGAUCAGAAAGAGUGAUGGAGCGUACAUUGAGUGGAACCCGAUCAGGGAGAUCGAGAAUCAUAGCCCAGAGAAAACUGAGACUGACUGGACCGUUGUAAACGCAGUCAGUUACCAGAGAGAAAACAGCAAAGUAACAGAGAAUGUGACUGUUGCACAGCCAAGUCGACGAAGCCGUUAUGCAAUGAGCUUUCCCUUAGUGGACACUAAGACCAUCCGUCGUUCCAAGCGUGGUCUGGGCUGGUCGUACCUCAUGUUCGUGCUCAAGGACGGGGUGUCGUUACCCCCGCUGCAUUUCCACGAGGGGGGCAGCACGGCGCUGGUUAAAGAACUGAAGAAGCACGUUAUUAUUUCCACAAAUCUUACAGAUUCUUGCCAGUUGAUUGUGCUACCACACAACACAGACGCUCUGACGCAGUCUUUUACUGAGCUAAAGAUCAUGGGCGAGACUUCCGCAACCAAGUUCUUCAAGGACCCGUAUACCGCAACAAUGGGUGGGUUCUCCAAAGUGACCAACUUCUUGCGUGAUACUUUGACGACGCCCACAGCCAGCCGACCCUUCGAUGAGUAUGCCGAGCUGAUGGCCGAUCUGCCCAGUAUAUUAUCCGUCAACUCAGAGGCCGAACAGAGCUAUGAAAUGGUUGUCCCAGAGAGCAGACUGGGUCCAAGACCGGAGGUUGAACGGAGGGACCCCCUGACGAAGGCGGAGUGGGAGAGCCAUUUGGACAAAGAGGGACGGGUUAUUGAAGUCCCUGAAUUGCUUAAGAAGAUUUUCCAAGGGGGUAUGGACCCGUCGAUAAGGAGGGACGUCUGGAAGUUUAUCUUGAAAUACUAUCCCUGGAAUUCCACAAGGACAGAAAGGAUAGCACUAAGAAAAAGAAAAGAGGAUGAAUAUUUCUGCAUGAAGGCCCAGUGGAAGACGAUCACCCCGGAGCAAGAGAAAAGAUUUUCCACAAUCCGUGAGAGGAAGAACAUCAUAGGUAUGUCAAUCAAAGACAAGGAUGUAAUACGAACGGACAGGACGCACGCAUACUAUGAAGGGGAGCAUAAUCCACACCUUGAAAUACUCAAUGAUGUUCUCAUGACAUACUGUCAAUAUAACUUUGACCUUGGUUAUGUCCAGGGGAUGAGCGAUCUGUUGUCACCCAUUCUGAUGAUCAUGGAGAAGGAGGUUGAUGCCUUCUGGUGCUUUGCAGGAUUUCUUGAUGAACUGGGUCUGGUCAUGAACUUUGACAUGGAGCAGGAAGGCAUGAGGAACCAGCUGAUGCAACUCAACAGCAUGAUGCAGAUUGUGGACCCUAAACUCUACAGCUAUCUUCAAUCCAAAGAAUGCAGUAAUCUUUACUUCUGUUUCCGAUGGCUCCUCAUCUGGUUCAAGAGAGAGUUUACAAUGGAUAAUAUCUGCCGAGUCUGGGAGGUUAUGUGGACUGGCCUCCCGUGUAAGAAUUUCCAUUUCUUGAUGUGUCUGGCCAUUUUGGACGGAGAGCGAGACCUUCUUGAGAGGGAGAACUACGACUUCAAUGACAUCUUAAAGCAUGUCAAUGAGCUGUCAUUCCACAUUGACAUUGAGGUGAUACUCCGAAGGGCCGAGGGAAUCUACCUACAGCUCCUGGAGUAUCCAGACCUCCCUCAGGCUCUCAGGGAUGUUAUCGGAUUAACUCUAGAGGAGAACGGAACGGCGGAGGAUGGUUCCCACGCAUCAGAGAGCAGCAUCGAGGUACUGGCCGACCCGUCAGAAUGAAGAAACCCAAGGUGUGAUGCUUUUUGUUUUUAAUAAUAUACAGACAUGAUAUUCUCCCUACAGUAGUCUGAUUUCCAAUUUUUUUGCUUUUAAAAAAAUGUGAAAAAAAUGGUGAUUAGAUAUCCUGAAAAAAGGGGCUUUUAAAGCCUACACCAUGUGUACAUGUUGGUCAACCCUUGUACUUGAUAAAAUAUUCCAAUGACUAAAUAUCUUGCCUGUAUAUUGCGCAGUCCCAAAGAAUGAUCAUCGCGCUGUGAACACUAUUACCCCUUGGCCAUAUAUUUCAUUCCUCAAACCAUCUCAGCUCCCUGGGGAGUAUACAGCCUGUGCAGCCAAGUAUGUACCGCACUAAGCUAAAUCAUUGACAAGAACCAGCUCUACUUUUUUGUGAAGGCCCCUCCCCCCAUUUCAAUGUCACAUCCACAUAGUCUGUGCCAAUUUUAUAAUUAUACGAUAGUUUUAAUUAUGGGAGACUUUGAAAGGCUUGAUAGCAUCAGGCAUAGCAGAUAACAUUCCACUGUUUAUGCAAUCUGCCGUGGAUUUCACAAAGAGUUAGGACUCGUCUUAUCUCGAGUUAGGACGAGUAACUCGACCUAACUUAGGAUUAAUC